GUACGUAGUUGAUAAAAUUCAGCCAUUCUCCCACCAAAAAUAAAAAAUAAAAUUAGUCGGUGAUUGGAUGCCGUGUUUAUCUUUUGGUUGAAGAGAAUGAUGCUUCCCAGAGCUUGAGGAAUGCAGAGCGGCUUGUAUGACUCGCUCACCUGAGUUUUUCCUUACCCUUCUGCAACGAUUCAUCAAGCACACCAGAUUGGUCGCCCAAAUCCAUUCCCAGGUAAUCAUCAAUGGCCACCUCCUCCAUUACUCUAAUACACCGUCACAUCUAAGAUGGACGAGCACUCUGUUAUACAACGCCUUGAUCAGAGCUCAUCACAUUUCUGGAAUCUCUCACAAGGCCCUUCUUCUCUUCACCCACAUGCUCGCUGGCCAAGUCCCGCCCAACGACCAUACAUUUCCUCCCCUCAUCAAAGCUGCUUCUCCCUCUCCUUCUUUGGGAAGAGCUCUUCAUACGCAAGUGAUCAAGCGGGGCGUUCUAAGUGACCAGUUUGUACAGACCACUUUUAUUGCUCUCUAUGCUCGUAGUAACAAUCUAGCUUAUGCUUGUAAGGUGUUCGAUGAAAUUCCUCAUGUCUGCAUCGUGGCGUGUAAUGCAAUGCUUCACGCUUUCUGUACACAUGGGGAUAUGGAGUCUGCCAUGUCACUCUUCGAACGCAUGUGUAAGCGGGAUGUUGUUUCUUGGACAACUAUGAUAAAUGGGUUUGCAAGGAGCGCCAAGUUUGGCAGGGCCAUUCAGCUUUUUGGGAAGAUGAUGGCUCAUAGGGAUGUCUUGGAUCGCUUGGUUAUGCCAAACGAGGCUACGUAUGUGAGUGUCCUUUCGUCCUGUGCUAAUCUCGAUGGCAAGGCAGCACUCGAUUGUGCUAGGCAGCUGCAUGGAUACAUUGUAAUGAAUGAGAUCUUCUUGGGAGUUUUUGUGGGAACUUCACUGGUGGAUGUUUAUGGGAAGAUGGGUUGCCUUAAUUAUGCUGUGAAUGUCUUUAACUGUAUGGUUUCCAGAGAGGUCUGCACUUGGAAUGCAAUGAUUUCUUCACUAGCUUCAAAUGGUAGAGAGGAGGAGGCUCUGAAUAUGUUUGAAUAUAUGGAGGCCGAAGGGCUGCGACCCAACAGUAUCACCUUUGUAGCAGUUCUUACUGCCUGUUCUCGUGGAAGACUUGUUAAGGAAGGACUGGACUUGUUUAGAUCAAUGUCAAAUUACUAUGAUGUAGUACCAUCAAUGGAGCACUAUGGGUGCGUGGUUGAUCUUUUGGGAAGAGCAGGGCAUUUGGAGGAAGCAGCUGACAUCAUAAAUAAUAUGCCUUUUCAGCCGGAUACGUCUGUUUUGCUUGCUCUUCUGAGUGCUUGUAGAAUUCAUGGAGCUAUAGGCCUUGGAGAAGAGAUGGGAAGAAAGCUGCUUGAGUCUCGGACACAACAUUGCGGCCAAUAUGUGUUAUUAUCAAGCAUCAACGCAGAUAAAGAAAGAUGGGAUCAUGCUGCUGAUAUGAGGAAAGAAAUGAUGCAGAUUGGAAUUCAGAAAAUUCCAGCAUUCAGCAUGGUUCAUUUAAAAUAAUUUCCUCCCUUCUCAACCAAAUGACCACCCAAACGGAUACUUGGAGAAAGGAGGAGAAGAACGGAUACUUGAAGAAAGGAGGAGGGGACCAAGUUCUAUAAUGUUGCAUCUGAGUAUUAAAUCGUAAUCAACGAUAGUUAAGAGGGCUCCUGACAGUUAUUUUAGCUAUCCCUGUCAAAAUUAGGUGCAUGUAACUCUUCUUAUUCUUAAAUGUUGCAACUACUGUACUCAGUGGGUAAUGCCCAUUCAUGUUUCUCGACUGUGAAUCAGUUAAGCCAGUUCAAAACGAUGAUAUAUUA